AUGGCGGAGCAGGGCUACUCGUCCUGGGCGUACUCCCUGGUGGACUCAAGUCAGGUGUCCACCUUCCUCAUCUCCAUCCUCCUCAUCGUCUACGGCAGCUUUAGGUCGUUGAACAUGGACUGUGAGAACCAGGAGAAGGACAAGGACGGGAACCCCACUGCAGCAGGAGCGUUCAACAACAGCAACACCAACAACAGUAUCCAGACCAUAGACUCAACUCAGGCGCUGUUCCUACCGAUCGGAGCCUCCGUCUCGCUCCUCGUCAUGUUCUUCUUCUUUGAUUCUGUUCAAGUGGUGUUCACCAUCUGUACUGCAGUUCUUGCAACAAUUGCGUUUGCGUUCCUGCUUUUGCCGAUGUGUCAGUAUCUGACCCGACCCUGUGCUCCACAGAAUAAGAUUUCCUUUGGGUGCUGCGGGCGCUUCACCCUGGCAGAGCUGCUGUCCUUCUCCCUGUCUGUGAUGUUGGUGUUAAUCUGGGUCCUGACGGGACACUGGCUCCUCAUGGACGCUUUAGCCAUGGGGUUGUGUGUUGCCAUGAUCGCUUUUGUGCGACUGCCCAGUCUGAAGGUAUCCUGUCUCCUCUUGUCAGGACUAUUGAUCUACGACGUGUUCUGGGUCUUCUUCUCAGCCUACAUCUUUAACAGUAAUGUGAUGGUGAAAGUGGCCACUCAGCCGGCGGAGAAUCCCAUCGAUGUUUUGUCCCGAAAGCUGCACCUGGGGCCAGGGGUCGGACGGGACGUUCCCCGACUGUCGUUACCCGGGAAACUGGUGUUCCCCAGCUCCACAGGGAGUCACUUCUCAAUGCUGGGGAUCGGGGACAUCGUAAUGCCUGGCCUGUUGCUGUGUUUCGUCCUGCGCUACGAUAACUACAAGAAGCAGGCGAGCGGGGAGGGGACCCCCAUAUCAGGGCGCAUGCAGAGGGUCUCUUACUUCCACUGCACCCUAGUGGGCUACUUUGUGGGUCUGCUGACGGCGACUGUGGCCUCACGGAUCCACCGUGCCGCUCAGCCUGCUCUGCUCUACCUGGUGCCCUUCACUCUGCUGCCUCUGCUCACCAUGGCCUACCUGAAGGGAGACUUGCGGCGCAUGUGGUCGGAGCCCUUCCACACAAAGACGCCCACCUCACGAUUUCUUGAGGUAUGA